CUCUCGUCUGCCUCUCCUCACGCCCGCCACUCCCAGAUCCCCUCCUCUCGCCCGCCUCUCCUCUCCUCCCAUCGCCGGUCUCUCCUUUCCUCCCAACAACGCCGGACUCUCCUUCUCCUUGUCGUCGCCAGCUUCCUCCCACGGUGUGACCCCGUUUUCUCCCACGGCGAGCGCCAGAAAUCCAACACGCCGAGGUCAAAAGACUACCUUUUUAGCGCCGGCGGCGAGCUUCUGGGCGGCGGAGGCGCUGGGUCCGCGUGCGCUAGCGCUGGAUCCGCACGCGUCGAUGAUGGAUCCGCGUGCCCCGACGCCAGUGACGAAGUCACGCUGGAUGUGGAGCAGCGUCGCGGCGGCGGAGCAGUGGCGGAGCAACGGAGCGGUGGAGCGGCGGGGCGACAGUGGAGCGCCUACUCAUGAGCUGAACCUCAAGACAAUUGGAUUUAUCGCCGGGCUAGUGCUAUGCUUGAAGUCACUGGUCAUCGCUUCAUGGAGUCAUGGGCGACGGGGCCCUCUAGAGUUCACGCAGAGUUAUCUCGAAUUGAUGGGGGAUAUUCAGUGUUUAUUCAGCCACACUCGGUGUCUUGUGUUUGAUCUCUUUGCAAUGCAGUAACGGCACGACACCCUGAAUCACCCACAUCCUGGGAGGACACCUGACACAAGGU